CGAGUGACCAACCAUCACUGAGAGGGAGAAAGCUUUUUAGCCGCUACUUAACAGAGAAGUCAUGGUCUAAACUGUCUGGACUCUGGUGGUACCCAACCAUUACUGGACUCUGGUGUUACCCAACCUUUACUGGACUCUGGUGGUACCCAACCAUUACUGGACUCUGGUGGUACCCAACCAUUACUGGACUCUGGUGCUACCCAAACUUUACUGGACUCUGGUAGGACCCAUCCUUUACUGGACUCUGGUGGUACCCAACCAUUACUGGACUCUGGUGAGACCCAACCAUUACUGGACUCUGGUAGGACCCAUCCUUUACUGGACUCUGGUAGGACCCAACCAUUACUGGACUCUGGUAGGACCCAUCCUUUACUGGACUCUGGUGGUACCCAACCAUUACUGGACUCUGGUGGUACCCAACCUUUACUGGACUCUGGUAGGACACAAACAUUACUGGACUCUGGUAGAACCCAACCUUUACUGGACUCUGGUAGAAUCCAACCAUUACUGGACUCUGGUAGGACCCAUCCUUUACUGGACUCUGGUGGUACCCAACCAUUACUGGACUCUGGUGGUACCCAACCUUUACUGGACUCUGGUAGGACCCAUCCUUUACUGGACUCUGGUGGUACCCAACCAUUACUGGACUCUGGUGGUACCCAACCUUUACUGGACUCUGGUAGGACCCAACCUUUACUGGACUCUGGUGGUAACGCUCUCUCGGUACUGGGAAAGGUCCGGAUCCUGUACUGGGCUUUGUGGUGAGCAGUAUGGUGAUGGGGCAGAGCCCCCUCUGUCUCCUGGUACACCAGUUUAAGUCUGGAUGCUCUGUGGAGUACGGCAAAGGGAACAACAACAUGGGGAAACAGGUGGAGGAGCCCAGCACCAAGCGCAAUAAACUGGUAUCCAGGGUGGCGUCUCUGGCCGGCAUGCUGCAGCCCGUUAAGACCGCACCGCUGAAGAGGAUUGGCCAGACGCUGCAGCGGUCCAUCAGUUUUCGUAAUGAGAGUCAGACGGAGAGAGCAGCUCAUCCUCCUCCCUCCUCCUCCACGAUGAAGAUGCGGGUCGUCUCAGCGUCAGUCUCGAACCCUACUUCCUCCAUGACUGCGACGCGGGUUUCCACGGCAACGGCCCCGCCCGCCAAACGCCGUGACAGCAAGCUUUGGAGUGAGACGUUCGACGUCAGGCUGGGAGCGACGCAACCUCUGAGCCCGAAAGAGAUAAAGCGACAAGAGGCUAUAUUUGAGUUGGCUCAGGGCGAGCAAGACUUGGUGGAGGAUCUCAAAUUGGCUAAAAAGGCUUACCAUGACCCGAUGCUGAAGCUGUCAAUCAUGACCGAGCAGGAACUGAACCAGAUCUUUGGCACUCUGGACUCGCUGAUACCCCUGCAUGAAGACCUGCUAAGUCGCCUCAAAGACGCCAGAAAACCUGACGGGUCCACAGAACAUGUGGGACACAUCCUGACUGACUGGCUUCCCUGUCUCAGCUCCUACACCUCAUACUGCAGCAACCAGGUGAAGGCCAAGGACUUGUUGGACCAGAAGAAGCAGGAUCGACGGGUCCAGGACUUCUUGCAGCGCUGUCUCCAGUCACCCUUUAGCAGGAAGUUGGACUUGUGGAACUUCCUGGACAUCCCCCGCAGCCGACUGGUGAAAUACCCGCUGCUAGUCAGGGAGAUCCUGAAGCACACACCCAACGACCACCCAGACAGGCAGCACCUGGACGAGGCGAUGCUGAUGGUUCAGAGCGUGGUGGCCGACAUCAACAGGCGGACGGGGGAGUCGGAGUGCCAGUAUUACAAGGACCGCCUGUUGUACACGGAGGACGGACAGAGGGACGAGCUCAUCGACCGGUCCAGGACCCUCAGCUGCCACGGAGAACUGAAGAACAACAGAGGACUCAAGCUCCAUGUGUUCCUGUUUCAGGACGUCCUGGUCAUCACCAGGUCAGUCUCGCUGAACGACCAGCCAGUCAGCUACCAGCUCUGCCGCCAGCCAAUCCCCAUCCGGCACUUGGACCUGGAGGACCUAUCAGACGGGGAGAUGAGAGUGGGCGGGUCCAUCAGAGGAGCCUUCAGCAACAACGAGCGGACAAAGAACUUCUUCCGGGUUUCGGACCGUACGGGAGGUCAUCUGCAGAGCCACUGCUUCCAGGCCAGCGACGCCUUCAACAAACAGCAAUGGAUCAACUGCAUCAGACAAGCCAAAGAAGCCGCAGCGCUGACUGGGGACCAGCCACCACAGACAGAACAAUGUUUGGAGGCAGCGCUGGGGGGACAGAUAGGGCUGCUUGGUGAGGCUAGUCUGAGUUUGCGCUGUGAAGAUAAAAAUGGGCCGUGGGGCAAGAUGGAAACAGGGCUUGGUGUGGAAGAGGAAGAGGAAGGUCUGAGUGGAGAGAAAGAUCUCGGUUUGGGUGAAGAGCUUAGGGUGGGUUUGACUGGAGAGACAAUUAUGCGUAGGGAUGGUGGGACGGGUUUGAAAUUAGAUGGAGAAACAGGGAUGGAUGGUGAUGGUGAGACGAGGCAGACAAUCAGUGAGGUGGAGACAGGGCAGGUGGGUGGGGAGAUGGGGGCAGAGCCAGGAGCCAGAGCAGACUGGAAAAUGGAUGGAGGGGGAGAAACUCUGGGCGGAGGUGCUGCUAAUGAUGUUCCAGCCUUGCUGUUCUCUUCAGCUUCUCCCUGUCAAGAGGAGCAGGAGGAGGAGGUGAUGGAGGAGGAGGAGCAGAGUGGCUCUGGCGAGGAGGAAGAGGACGGCAUGGACACCGGCGAGGUGGACUCACGGCAGUACGAGGAGCUGAACCUCCGGUGCUGAUGCUAGGACCAAAACCACACUGAGGGACUGACAGACAAAUCGGGGACUUGAUGAUGAUGUCACUGACAGACUAAGUCAAAAAAACAUCAGACAAACUUACAAUACAUAGAUAUAAAUACGUAGAUGCCGCCUCCGGCUUGCGAUAUGCGUCUCUGGGAGGUGUACAUCUGAUCGGUUCCUACCGUAACAGACUCUUGCUGCUUUUAAAUGUUCAAGAGGAGUUUUUACAAUAUUUUACUGUUACGAACGUGUUGAAUUUAAUAUGACAAGAGGUAACGUUAAUCCUUCUUUUAAAGGACAAUACCAGUGCAAAACGAACCGAGGGGUUAACAACAGAUGUGUCCCCACUCUGUCUCUCUGGGACAUGUUUUCAUGCUAAUCGAAUGUGUUUGUAGCUUGAAAGAAGCUAGCGCGGACCGCUGAUUAGCUUACAACGCUAGUAUUCUGGGCACAGGG